AUGGUCAAUCCCGAUCCAACAGCAUCAUGCCCUCUGGAAUGGGGUAAGCUCAAUGUGGGCAGCCAUCCUGAUGAGCCUCCUCUACCUGAAGACGACCCUACCGUGGGCAUCCGGAUGAAUCACUGCAUGCUCCGGGUGCGCGACCCUAAGAAGUCGCUCUUCUUCUACAAGAACUUGUUGGGAAUGCGAACCAUUUUUACCAUCAAUGCCGGUCCCAUUACGACUUACUAUCUCACGCAUCCUCAAACCACAGAGCACCGAGCGGAUCUAGCCAAGUUCAGUCGGGAAACAGCACUUCGAACGCAAUUCACUUCAGGCCUUUUAGAACUCAUGCACGUUCAUGGCUCUGAAAAACAGCCAGAGGGGUAUUAUACGGGGACUGGCAACGUGGUUCCAGCUUUGGGCUUUGGCCACCUAGGUUUUACCGUCCCAGACGUCAAGGCCACGGUCGCACGGCUCGAAGAGCAUGGCGUAAAGGUCUUCAAACCUCUAGGGGUUUCUGAUCGUGCGACAUUGCCCAUCACUUCCUGGGAAACCGAAAAAGGCGUAGGUCUAGGCGACGAAGACGGAUUGGCUCCCGAGUUCAACAGAAUCGUUAAGUCCUUUGUGCACGUAUUUGAUCCGGAUGGAUACAUCAUCGAAAUUAUCCCUCAGAAGAGAGACUGGCACGAGAAAAGCGUUAAUGCUCAAUUGUCAAAUGCUUGA